UCAAACGAUAGGAGGUGUCUUUAUUUCAUAGUUUUAUGCCAUUCGCUGGUGUUUUAUGCUGAACAUGUCUCGUUCAUCACUGCUUACAGGACUUAGAUGAAAACUUAAUAGGAAUAGCAGUGUUCUUGACUGGCUUCAAUCGACAAUGUUCACAGCGUCAACCUUCAGAAUAUACUGGUCUCUGUCGUUAUUAGUGUUUAAAAGAAGCCCUCCAUCUGAAGGAAUUUGAUAUUCAUCAGUUUUUGGCGGCAUAGAGCUGGAUUACACUAUUGUCAUUGGUAAUCAGUACGGUUCAGACUUUUGAUUAUCAAUAAGGGAGCAUGCUACCAUCAGACGUGAUACUGGUGACCGUCAUGGUCUUACUGGGAGUCACAGUCCGCAUCACAGGCACUCUCGACGAAUGUCCAUCAGAGAAAGAUAUAAGCCAAUGUUUAGGUGAUAUACAUAUGCAAAAAGAUGAUUUAAUAAACGGAAAAGUAUUUGGCGGUGCGUCCAAGACACCUUUAGAUGAAAUUCCAAAAUACUGCCGUCGCAUUCCGUCAUCCUUCUCCUGCCUACGAAACAAAAUAUCAACCUGUCCGACAAAACACCUGGCGCAGUGGACGCACUAUCUCAACAUAGAUGGACUGCAGAGAACUAUGGUUUACAUGUGCCAAAACAAUGAUGUUUGGUCUUUGGUACAAAGGAACUGCACGUCACAAGCAGACUACAAGCAAAUUAAAUAUGCCUGUACCAGAGAACAGAUUCUGUAUGCUCAACUCGAUAUGGUGGCCAGGGAGGUGCUUCUCUUUAACGACCAAAGGGCAACUAGAUGCAGCAAUCGACGUAUUGAUCUCUACUGCGACAUUAAAGCUUUAAACGUUACGUCAUGUGCUCUCGAUGACGACCAAUUCUGUGCCGGACUCGUCAACUCACUUCUUCGUAUAGACACGGAUUGCACCUGCGACCACUCCCUAGACAAAGGAUACUGUCCACCUAUCAUAGACAUACAAAAGAUUUGCAACAUACCAGCAUUAGUUUUACCAACAUUUAACCCAAUCCAAACCACAACUUCUUCAAAAGAGGCAGCUUAUGAACUUGUAACAAAACCUACAGAUAAAAUUGACAAAAAUAUUGUAAAGUCUGAAUUAACUGAAGACUCUAUGUAUGGGAAUAGUGGUGCUCCGCACUCAUUAUACAUCAUCAGUUCUAGUCAGACUCUGGGGUUGAUAUUCCUCAUCUUCUCAGCACAGUUGUUCUCCAUUUGGUAGUAAAUGCUUUAAAAGUAUAA